AUGAAGCCAUCACUUAGCAGCUUUGAUGCCUUUUGCUUCGCUGGGUCUCCCCAGCCGCCCCCAAGGGGUCGCAAACGGCAGACACCUUGCAGCAGCAGCAGCAGCAGCAGCAGCAGCAGCAGCAGCAGCAGCAGCAGAAGCAGAAGCAGCAAGGCGCAGGAGAGCAGCGCCGGCAGGAGCAGCAGCAGCAGCAGCAGCAAUCAGGAUGGCAAGGCAGGCGCCAAGAAGCAAAAUGCGCGGGUGAAAAAAGAGCAGCAGCAGCAGCAGCAGCAGCAGCAGGAGCAGCAGCAGCAGCAGCAGCAGGAGCAGCAAGAGCUCCGGGCAAAGCGGCACAACAGGAGGGGACAGACGCAGCAGCAGCAGCAGCAGCAGCAGACCGAAGCAGCAGCAGCAGCAGCAGCAGCAGGGAGCGCUAAGACAGAGACACAGGACGUCAAAAGUCCCACGAGGGACACAAAAGCAGCAGCAGCAGCAGCAGCAGCAGCAGCAGAAAAAACGGAAGCUGCAGCAGGAGCAGCAGAAGAAGCAACAGAAGCACCAGUAGCAGCAGCAGCAGCAAAGACAGAAGCAAGGGCAGAAGCAGCAGCAGCAGCAGAAACGGCAGCAGCAGCAGCAGCAGCAGAAACGGCAGCAGCAGCAGCAGCAGAGGACAGCAGCAGCAGCAGCAAUCUUCCUCGCGCCCCGAUUGGAAAGCCCAAGGGCCGCAACCGCAGCAGCAGCAGCAGCAGCAGCAGCAGCAGCAGCAGCACUGCGUGCAGCAGCGGCCCCACAAAACCGCCGCCUGCGAACUUCGACAAAGUCUGGGAAGCUAUUUGCAAGAUGCGGGAAAUGGUAAACCCUAAACCCUAA